GUGUGAACCUCGCUUGCGGGCGCUCGGGGAGGGAGCCCGAUGUCUCCAGCAGCAGGUGACACAAAGCGGGAGGGUAGGGGCCAGGACACCUGCGCCAGCCAUGGAGGGCGCACAGAGGGGAGCGGAGUGCGAGAUGCACCGGUUUGGCACAACCGGGGCUCCGCCAUGGACCACAGAGAUGGCAAACCCUGAGGUGGCUGGAAGCAGCUGCAGCCCUCACCAGGAUGAAAGUCACUGCACUUUUCACCAGAGCUCGUCCCCCAGUGAAGAGCUUCUCUUAGAAGACCAGAUGAGGCGGAAACUCAAAUUCUUUUUCAUGAAUCCUUGUGAGAAGUUUUGGGCUCGGGGUAGGAAGCCAUGGAAACUCGCCAUACAAAUUCUGAAAAUCGCAAUGGUGACUGUCCAGCUGGUCCUGUUUGGACUGAGUAACCAGAUGGUAGUAGCUUUCAAGGAAGAGAACACCAUAGCCUUCAAACACCUCUUCCUGAAAGGAUACAUGGACCGGAUGGAUGAUACAUACGCAGUGUACACUCAAAACGAUGUGUACGACCAAAUCAUCUUUGCAGUGGGCCAGUACUUGCAGCUUCGCAACAUCUCUGUUGGCAACCAUGCUUAUGAGAACAAGGGGACGCAGCAGUCGGCUAUGGCCAUCUGUCAACACUUCUACAAGCGAGGAACCAUCUGCCCCGGGAAUGAUACCUUUGACAUUGAUCCAGAAAUUGAAACAGAAUGUUUCCUUAUAGAGCCAGAUGAACCUUUUGACAUCAGAACACUUGGAGAAAAUAAACUUAACCUGACCCUGGACUUCUACAGACUCCUGACGGUGGAACUUCAGUUUAAGCUGAAAGCCAUCAAUCUGCAGACAGUUCGCCACCAGGAACUUCCUGACUGUUAUGACUUUACUCUGACUAUAACAUUUGACAACAAGGCUCACAGUGGAAGAAUCAAAAUAAGUUUAGAUAAUGACAUUUCUAUCAGAGAAUGCAAAGACUGGCAUGUAUCUGGAUCAAUUCAGAAGAACACCCACUAUAUGAUGAUCUUUGACGCCUUCGUCAUCCUGACCUGCUUGUCCUCGCUGGUGCUCUGCGCCCGCUCUGUGAUUAGAGGCAUUCAGCUGCAGCAGGAGUUUGUCAGUUUCUUCCUUCUCCACUAUAAGAAGGAAGUUUCCACCUCUGAUCAAAUGGAGUUCAUCAACGGAUGGUAUAUUAUGAUUAUCAUCAGUGACAUACUGACCAUCGUUGGAUCAAUUCUGAAAAUGGAAAUUCAAGCCAAGAGUCUCACAAGCUACGAUGUCUGUAGCAUAUUUCUUGGGACUUCAACUAUGCUCGUGUGGCUCGGCGUCAUCCGAUACCUGGGUUUCUUUGCAAAGUACAAUCUCCUUAUUCUGACCCUGCAGGCAGCGCUGCCCAACGUCAUCAGGUUCUGUUGCUGUGCCGCUAUGAUCUAUCUAGGCUACUGCUUUUGUGGAUGGAUUGUCCUGGGCCCUUACCACGACAAGUUCCGUUCUCUGAACAGGGUCUCCGAGUGCCUUUUCUCUCUGAUAAAUGGAGACGAUAUGUUUUCCACGUUUGCAAAAAUGCAGCAGAAAAGUUACCUGGUGUGGCUGUUCAGCCGAAUCUACCUCUACUCCUUCAUCAGCCUCUUCAUAUACAUGAUUCUGAGCCUUUUCAUUGCGCUGAUCACAGACACGUAUGAAACAAUUAAGCACUACCAGCAAAAUGGCUUUCCAGAAACAGAGCUUCGAAAGUUUAUCGCAGACUGCAAAGACCUCCCCAGCUCUGGAAAAUACAGAUUAGAAGAUGACCCUCCAGCAUCUUUAUUCUGCUGCUGCAAUAAGUAACCAUUGGGCUUCUCUGUGCUCAUAGAGGAAAACAGAGUACGAGGCUGAGUCAGAAACAGUGUGGAUAAUUUGUGAUCACGCAGCAGUAUGUUCAGAGGCUAGUAUUCUGAACUAACUCACAACUAUGACUUAGCAAAACCUGUUUCUAUUUUUAAAAAUAUUUAGUGACUUUGCUGCUUACAUUAGCAUUUUAAAAAAUAAUUGAUUUGGUGAGGGAGCUGCUGGAUCAUUGCUUUGUCUCAGCUGCUGUAGCUCUCGCGUGGGUUCUCUAGGUCCCCUUUUGCCUUACGGUGUGGCUUGUGCCUGCACUGGAAAGUGAGCUCCAGUCUCUCAGUGCCCGUGAAUGACCCAGUGUCCCUCUCUGAGAGUUGGGAUCAUCAUUACACAUCUGACGUCACUGGUCUUAGAGUCUCCCCUUAAAAGAAGACAGAACAAGAGAGAGGCCUCCGGUGUAGCAGAUGCUGCAAUGCCUGGCUCUUAGAGACAGCCGUUGUAUGAUGCUCAUAUUCAUUGAGAAGCUUUCUCUGCCUUUCAGUGGUAAGGUACAAGUCCAAGAAAGUCUAGACAUGAAUAAAGUUAAGUGUGUGCCAAGGGGGUAUUUGAUCAAGCAGUGAUGGUUUUGUUGGCAUCCAAGGAGUGUGGAGAAAUCUAGUGAUAUGCUGUGCCUUCCAAAGGCCCGUCAGUCUCAGCAAAGCCACGUGGGGUCAGGAUCUGUGGCUUUAUGGACUGCAGUUCUAGAACCCAUGCUCAAACUUUUUAAAAAUGAACAUAUAUAGCUUGAAAAGACACUAAAUUAGGCUCUACACUUUGUAGUCUACUGAUGGGCAAGUAUGGAGAUUUUUGUGGUAUAAUAUUCAUUUUGUGUACUAUUUAUCGAUGUAGACAUUAAUUUAGUUAUGUAUAAAACGACUUUAUAAAAGCAUUAAAAUUUUAACAUUUUAAUGUUGCACUAGAGACAUAAUGAAAAUAGCCCAAGAUACUGAAAUCUUUUUUUUAAUUUUUUUUUGUUUUUUGUUUUGUUUUUGAGACAUGGUUUCUCUGUGUAGCCCUGGCUGUCCUGGAACUUGCUGUGUAGACCAGGCUGGACUCGAACUCACAGAGAUCUACCUGCCUCUGCCUCCCAAGUUCUGGGAUAAGGCAUGUCCCCCAAUUGUUCAAAUCUUAGAUGGUUUUUUAAUAAAAAAAAAACCCAGAGCCAGAUAUCAGGGUGAAAGCUGAAAGAUCAGAGAAGCAGAACAGCCAGCCACUAGUUCUUAUCUCCAUGAAAUCCUCAGCCUCAAGAGAGUAAGUUCCUGUUUCCUAACGUCUUAUAUACCUUUCUCUGCCCUGCCUUAUUACUUCCUGGGAUUAAAGGCAUGUGUGCUUCCCAAGCAAAGGCAUGAGAUCUCAAGUGCUGGGAUUAAAGGUGUGUGCCACCACUGCCUGACCUCUAUGUCUAAUCUAGUGGCUGGCUCUGUCCUCUGAUCCUCAGGCAAGUUUAUUGGGGAACACAAUAUAUCAUCAAAUUUCCCUUUUUUUGUCUAAAAUAAUAAAAGAAUGUUAUAACUAAUAUAAUAAAACUAUGUACAAUAAGUACAGUAAGUAUAUACAAUAUAUACAGACAAGAAUUACAUUAACAAUAUCCAGUCCAUUAAUAUUUGACAGAUUCAGAGAAAAUACUCUAUUAUCUAUCUUAUUUUGGUGAGUCCCAAAUGUUGUACCUAAUUCACUUUCUAUCCUAACUUGUAUUACCAACCCAAAACUAUCCUUUGAUGUCAUUCAAACUUAUACACUUUACACAUCUUUAGUGAGUUUCUUUUCUGAAUUUGUUAACAAGGAAAACUAUAACUAUCUAAUCUUCAACUCCCUCAGAGACUCAAGAAGGAAAUAAUAGUACUUAAGUAAGCAAGAAGUGCAAACAAGCAGCUUCCAAAAAAUGUGAGAAAUGACAGCAACAGCCAGCUGCCUGGACAGUCACCCAAGUUUUCUCUGUAACAUUGGGGCAUCCAUCUUUGGCCUACAGGCUUAGCAUAUCUAACAGACUUUUCUGUGAAGCAGGAUUUUCUAAAGAGCAUUCUAACCUUGUUUUGACAAGGUUUGGCAGUCUUUUCUUUUGUGUCCUGCUUGUCCAUUUUGAACAGCACACUGUCAGCAGUCAAGGCAAGGGCAUUUUCUUGCCCAGUGGCUAACUUUUGCCACAAAGAAAGUAAAUUCCAUAUGGAGUUUCUUCAAUGCCCAUCAUCUUCUCUGAAAAAUAAUGGUGCUGCCAGGAGCAGACAUGUCUCAUUGUCAUAAGAAAAGAAAGAAUCUAUGUUAUUAAAACAUCUUGAAUGCCAAAUUCUGUAAUCUCUGAAGUAUUUGAAGAUGACCUGUCUAAAAUAUAUCUCUGUUUGACCUUGAAAAACAUA